GCACAUUUGACAGUCCACACAGGAGAGAAACGGUUUCCUUGUAACAAAUGUGGCAAAAAAUUCAGUCAGCUGACACGCUUGAAAAAUCACAUGAGAAUUCACACAGGUGAGAAGUCGUAUUCUUGUAGCGCCUGUGGAAAAGAAUUCAGUAAAAAAUCAGCUCUAAAAUCUCACGUGAGAGUUCACACAGGUGAGAAGCACCAUUGUUGUAGCAUCUGUGGGGAAAGUUUCAUCUGGAAUAUGCAGUUAAUACGGCACAGGAGAAUUCACACAGGUGAGAAGCCAUAUUUUUGUGGUACCUGUGAGAAGAGAUUCAUUCGGAAGAUACAGUUAAAGGAUCACAUGAGAAUUCACACUGGCGAGUGUCCGUACUCGUGUAACAGCUGUGGGGAAAAGUUUAUUGACCUAUCAGCAUUGAAAGCUCACGUGAGAAUUCACACAGAUGAGAAGUCGUAUCCUUGUAGCACCUGUGGAAAAGAAUUCAGUAAAAAAUCAGCUCUAAAAUCUCACGCGAGAGUUCACACAGGCGAGAAGCACCAUUGUUGUAGCAUCUGUGGGGAAAAACCUGUGGAGGCUCUGGCUCCUCCUGGUCUGGGCUGGAGUUCCUCUCCUGGUUACAGACCUGCUGCUCAUCCAGACCCUCCUCUUCCUCACAGUCAUGUUGUUGGUCCCAAAAUCAAAUGA